CGGAAGGAAUGAUGAAGCUAUCGCUGAGGCAUUGGCAAUGAUGGCUAGCGCCAUUGGGCAAGGUCAGCAAGCGAACCUUGGGAACCAUAAUCAGGAUGAAUUUUGUGCUUUGGGAAAGUUUCAGAGGAACAAUCCGCCAACCUUUGAAGGAGCAUACGACCCUGACAAAGCACAGGCAUGGCUGAAAGCAAUUGAGAAGAUCUUUCGAGUCAUGAAUUGUACUGACGCGCAAAAGGUGCACUUUGGCACCCAUAUGCUUGAGAAAGAAGCUGAAGAUUGGUGGGACAACACUGUUCAGAGGUUUGAAGGUGAUGGGAUGGAGAUUACUUGGGAUCUUUUCAAGGGUGCAUUUCUGGAGAAGUACUAUCCAGAAGAUGUGUGUGGAAAGAAGGAAAUUGAGUUUCUUGAACUGAAGCAGGGUAAUGGAACCGUGGCGGAGUAUGCUACAAAGUUUGAGGAAUUGAUUAAGUUUUGUCCCCACUACAAUACUGCCGAAGCUGAGAGAUCUAAGUGUAACAAGUUUGUGAAUGGUUUGAGACCUGAGAUCAAGAAGGUUGUGGGAUAUCAACAGAUUAUCCGAUUUUCUGACCUGGUUAACAGGAGUAGGAUAUAUGAUGAGGAUAGCAGGGAAAGUGCUGCUCACUAGAAGUCUUUGAAAGAGAAGAAAGAAAAGGGGCAAUUCAGAGGGAAACCGUAUGGGAAUCCUGCUGAUAUGGGUAAACAAGAAGCUGGUCAUGACAAGAAGCCGAGUGGGGGAGGAGCUCCUAAUCCGGUUAGGUGCUACAAGUGUGGUGUUGAAGGACAUCGUUCUCCUGAAUGUCCCAAUUCAGAAGCAACAUGAUUUAAGUGUGGCAAGCUGGGCCACAAAUCCUUUGAGUGCCUAGAAGGUAAAACUGUGGCAUGCUACAGAUGUGGAGAGCAAGGUCACAUCAGUACUAAUUGUGACAAACCCAAGAAGGAUCCUGCAAGGGGGAAGGUGUUUGCUUUAUCUGGUGCUGAGACUACUGCUGAGGAUAGACUAAUUCGAAGUAAUCAGGAGGAGUAGUCUAUAGCCUUUAUUUCGAGUUGGAGUCUUUGCUCUGAUACGUAGCACUCGGGGGGGAAAUGGACGCUUGUUUUCCUUCUGUUAUAAUUUGAAUUAAGUUGUUAUUUGAGAAGUUGUUUCUGUUUUAAGUUGUGGGCAAGAUACUAUGUUUUCUUUAAGUUUUAAAGACAUUGGAUUCGCUGCAUAACUAUUUGUCAAAGUGAACUAGUUCAAAGACUAAUUAACUGUCACAAGAGCAUCUAAGUUUAUUUAUGAGUUCAUCUCAAAGUUUAUGUGCUAUGUAUCUGUUACAAGAGCAUUAUGUUAAUGUUUUAAGUGAUUAUGUAAUGCCUCAUGAGUGUUAAAAUUUUUAUCACUCUGAUAUUUGCAAUACAUAUGCCGUUUA